CAACACCCUCGCAAAGAGAGGAGAAGAAAAGAGAAAAAAAUAAAUCCAUGAAAGCAACUCUCGCUCACUCCUGUUUGCUUUCUAAUUACUUGUAAUAAUAAAUCGAAGAGCACCAAAAGCCCAAACAACCUUUUGAGCCUAUCUAGUUAUAUCACAGUCCCCUGCUCCCAAUACCUUCAUAAAACAGCAGCUACUAUCAAACUCCUUAAUUAAUUCCUUCAAUCCCUCCACCGAAUUAAUCUCUCUUGCAAUUCUCAAACUUCUAUCUGCCCCUCGAUCCACAUGCUGCUAGAAAUGAGUUUUUUCAACUCUUUUAUGCUAUUAAGUUUGCUUCUUUUUGUUGUGGCUCCGGUUCAUGGCUUAAAUUUAAGGAAGCUUGAUGAGACCACUGUUCCUGGACCGACUGAAGAGAAGUGCUCGCCAUGUAAUCCAAGUCCUCCACCACCGUCACUUCCACCAGUAGUAUAUCCCUCACCACCACCACCAUCACCACCUCCACCAUCACCAGUAUUAUACCCCCCACCACCACCUGCACCAGUGCUGCCACCACCGACUCCAAAGAAGCCGCCAUCAGGUUACAACUGCCCUCCACCUCCAGCCCCAUCAAAAUAUGAUCUUUACAUAACUGGUCCACCAGGGGAAUUGUACCCUGUUGACAAAGAUGUCAAUGCUGCUAGCCGCCAUGCCGUGAGUUUGCAAGUUUUGAUUGGAUGUGGAUUGAUAGGCUUGUUGGUAAGAAUUGGCUUUUAAGGCCUGGAUUUAUAAAAGUUAAUUAAGAUAUAUAUAUGCAGUGAUCAAAGAUUCUAAGGACGCGAGAAACUCAUAGCUAGCCAGGAUCUACUUGGUUCUUGCUUUAUUAUCUCUCAAUUGCUCAGUAUCCUGAAUUAAUAACUACAGUCUUCUAUGUCCUCUUCCUUUUAUUUGUAAAUAAUUUCUUUCCAGCAA